AUGGUUCCUCCAAAUACCUCUUUGCUAAAAUAUGAUAAUCCAAUCUUAGUUAGUAGAAACACCGAAAAAAAAGCUACAAAGGUGAGUGGUGCUACAGUUACUGGUAAUGGCUCUCCCGCUGGUCCUGUACCUUCGCCUCCUAAAACAUCUAAGUUGCCACCAGUUGAAGCCCAAAAAAAUCAACAGACGGAAGAAAUUUUGAACUCUAUUUUACCACCAAAAGAAUGGCAAGAUAAUGGACAACUAUGGACCCAACAAGUUUCCAGCACUCCAGCAACUCGCCUCGAUGUAGUGAACCUACAAGAACAACUAGAUCAGAAGCUUCAACAGAGGCAAGCUAGAGAGACUGGAAUAUGUCCUGUUCGCAGAGAACUAUAUUCGCAGUCAUUUGAUGAGCUCAUAAGACAAGUUACAAUAAACUGCGCUGAACGUGGUCUUCUACUUUUGAGGGUUAGGGAUGAAAUACGGAUGACUAUUGCAGCUUAUCAAACACUAUACGAAAGCAGUGUUGCCUUCGGUAUGAGAAAAGCUUUACAAGCGGAACAAGGUAAAGCUGACAUGGAAAAUAAAAUUAGUGAAUUAGAAUCUGAAAAACGAGACUCAGAGAGACAAGUAAACGAACUAAAAGCAAAAUGCGAAGCUAUCGAAAAGCGUGAAGCUGAAAGAAGAAUGGUAGAAGAAAAAAGACACACAGAAGAGAUUCAAUUUUUAAAGAGAACGAACCAACAGUUGAAAGCUCAAUUAGAAGGCAUAAUUGCUCCAACAAGGAAAUAA